AUGACUAAAAGACUAAAAAUACAUAAAUCAAAUGAUGAAUUUUUAUCCAUUCUUCGUGAACCCAAACCUAAUUUGGCGCCACGCUCUAUAAAAUCAGUAGAAGAUGCGAUUGAUAGAACCCCAGAAUAUACAGCCUUCAUAAAAAGUCUUGAAGAGUUCCAUAAAGAUCACGGAACUACUUUUCAAAAAGAACCUGUUUUAGGAUCAAAGAAAUUAGAUCUGUAUAAAAUUUAUCAAAUGGUGAUUGCUGAGGGGGGUUGUGAAAGAAUAUGCGCAGAGAAAUCAUGGAAAAAAAUAUGCGAACCUUUUAAUUUUCCACAAACUUGCACAAAUAGUGCUUUUGUGAUGAAAAAUAUUUAUAUAAGAUUCUUGGAACCAUAUGAAUUAGAACAUUUUUGGGGUAAAAAAGUUCCUUAUGCUUUAAAGAUUGUACCAUAUGAAAUUCCAAGAAAUGAAUAUUCAAUUUUGAGUGGAGGUCAUUUAAAUAGGAUACUUCUUGCUUUGAAAUCACAACUAGCCAAUGAAAUAGAUUGGGCAUUAGAUACUUUACUAAAAGUAUCUAUAGACCAAAUGAUCAAAUUCAAAUUAGACAAAAUCCCAGAACUUUUAGAUAUAUUUCUUACACAUUUAAGCAAUUUUUACACACAAGUAACAGAUUUGUAUGAGGCAAAUCAGCAUUCAACAGAAUCAACGGUUGAUGACUAUUUUAAUGAUUUGAAUAAUUAUUUACAUUUACAAAGAGCAACUCAAAUAUUUUUAAUUUUAAGGAAUUUGUCUUUUUAUAAUUAUAAUGCUGAACUGAUGUCUUUCAACAAAUUGGUACAAAAAUUUGUGAUGGAGGCACUCACGCUACCAGCAUUUUUAAAAUUUCCUCAAAUUAGAAUUUAUUGUAUAGAGAUUAUUAAAAGCAUGAGUCAUAUUAUUAAAUUAAAUAGUAGUGAGGAUGAGCUUUUGGUAGUUUUACGAAGACUUAUCUUUUCGGAUGAUAUUGCAUUGGUUAUACACAGUAUCACAGCAAUGUCGUGUUUGGCUGGAAAUGAACAAAACUCCGAAUUUAUUAAAGAUGUUGAUUCUCGUGCUGUGCAACAUUUAGUAAAUCUGCUUUUGAUAGAUGAUGACGAAGAGUUGAGUAAGGCCGUUUUAGAGUUGUUGUAUUAUUUGUCUACUUCUGAGGAAACAGCAUCUCGUAUGGUAGAGUAUGCCCCAGGAAACCUUGUACGUCUUUUGAUCGGUUAUUUAAGGCAUGGUUCAAGUGUGGAAUCUCAAAUUCAUGAAAGGAUACCCCCAAUUGAAAGAAGGCCACCCCAAUUACAUGGUGAUUUUGAAAGUCUUAUGGAACCGUAUAGAUCUUUAGAAUGGCUCAGAACUGCAUAUGAAGAAUCACCAUUUGAUGGAGUUUUACAAACAGAUAUAUGGUUUGCUUAUCGUGAUCAAUUCCAAAAUUCUCAAUGUCCUAUGAUGCCAGCGGCAGAAGUUAUUAAACUUGUUAAUCGUGUAUUUCCAGAUUCUUCUGCGAUCAUGGUUACAGCAUCGGAUGGAUCAUACAAAUAUAUGAUUCAAGGUAUUAGACCAAUACUAUCAAAAGAUGAAAUUCAACAAGACAAUCCAUUGUACAAUUGUAAAUGGGCUGAUUGUCAAGAAGCAUCUUUCGAAGAUGAAAGUAAAUUGAUGGAACAUUUAGUUAUUGAGCAUUUAUCAGAAAGGAAACAGUAUACAUGUAAUUGGUUGAAUUGUAACAGAUUUUCAUCUGGCACAGAAAAUAUCACAACCGUCAUAGCUCACUUGAAAACUCAUUUCCCUAUUCAACCAGAAGAUGAAGAUAGUAAAAAACACAAGAGAAGACCAGAUAUUGUAAAUAAAUAUGGUAGAAAUAAUGGAAUUUACACUUAUAAAACUUAUGUUAAAUCAGACAAUAUCGGGGAUGCUAUUGGAAUUCCAUUAUUAGCCUCGUUAGUUUUAAGAAAUUUAUCUUUAUCAUCAGCAAACCUUCAACAUUUUGUUGCGUAUGAAAAAGAUUUAGCAGAAAUGCUUACAAGUUGUGUUGCAUUAUCAAAGAACUUAGCUGAAACUUUGAGUAACAUGCGAGCAAUUUAA